AUGAGCAAGAAACAAAGCACUAAAACAUCGAAGACAAGUAAAACAUUUAGUUCGAGAUCAAAGAGCUCUGUACCGAAAAAGACUGGUGUUAAUAAAAUCAGUGCAUCUGAAAGAAAGAAAUCUAAAAUAUUGACUGCUAGACUCAACAAGGAUGCAGAUGUUGCUGAAUUAAAGAUAAUUCAGGAACUGAAUGAUAACAAAAUUGCUGAAGAGCCUAAGAAAAGGCAAACAGCUUUAGAUAUGAACUGUUUAGUCAAAGACCAAAAGAGAGACAAGAAAGUACGAGAACAUAUUGAAAAAAUAAACUCUGAAACAAAUUCAGACAUGUUAAAACAACUAGAAUUGAUGUCAGGUUUUUCUCUGUGA